GCGCAGUAACUAAAUUCGCCCUUGCACUCCUUGCAAUUAAAAAAAAAAGGGAUCACGUCUACAAAACGUAGUGUACUCUGUUCGUAACAUAUUUUAGUUUUUCGAACAGAAACUGUAUUGAAAUCGGGCUUUUGUUCGAUGAAAAAAUCAGCAGCCAGUCCAGUUCCAUCUCGCUCACUGCCGGCCACUGGGCUUUUCAUCUCCUCACCAUAUUUGGUGGGUAGUGGAAAUUCCAUACGGAUGCUUCAGAUUUAUACAUCCGGUAAAACAUCUUGCUCCAUGUUCAGUCUUUGGUCACACCACACCGAAUGUUCGUAGGCUGAUGCACUACAAACACUGCAGCUCCCGUCUCCUCCACACUGUCGCACACAACCAUGGCGGACAGUGCAAGCGAGAGCGACACCGACGGAGCAGGGAGUAGCUCGGUUACCCUGAUGUCAUCCUCAGCCUCAAAUUCUAGCAAGCCGGGAGUAGUCAUUUCACAGUUUCGAUUAGAGGAGUUAACGAACAGACUAGCCUCACUACAACAAGAGAACAAAGUUCUUAAAAUUGAGCUAGAGACGUUCAAACUCAAGUGCAAGGCGCUACAGGAGGAGAAUAGGGACCUGCGUAAAGCCAGCGUCACCAUUCAAGCCAGGGCUGAGCAGGAGGAGGAGUUCAUCAGCAACACCCUGUUCAAGAAGAUCCAGGCCCUGCAGAAGGAGAAGGAGACCCUUGCUGUCAACUAUGAGAAAGAGGAGGAAUUUCUCACAAAUGAACUGUCAAGAAAACUCAUGCAAUUACAACAUGAGAAGGCUGAGUUGGAACAGCACUUGGAGCAGGAGCAGGAGUUCCAGGUCAACAAACUGAUGAAGAAGAUAAAAAAAAUGGAGAAUGACACUAUAUCAAAGCAACUCACCUUGGAGCAGCUAAGGCGUGAGAAGAUUGACCUCGAAAACACAUUAGAGCAAGAACAAGAGGCUCUUGUCAAUAGACUGUGGAAGCGCAUGGACAAAUUGGAGGCAGAGAAAAGAAUCCUCCAGGAGAAGUUGGACCAGCCUGUGUCUGCUCCUCCCUCCCCCAGGGAUGUUUCCAUGGAGAUUGACUCUCCGGAGAACAUGAUGCGGCAUAUCCGCUUCCUGAAGGACGAAGUGGAGAGGCUGAAGAAGAGCCUCCGUACCACCGAGCUGCAGCACACAGAGAAGCGGGCCCAGUACAUUGAGGAGGAGCGGCACAUGCGUGAGGAGAACAUCCGUCUGCAGAGGAAGCUGCAGAGAGAGAUGGAGCGCCGCGAAGCCCUGUGUAGACAGCUGUCUGAGAGCGAGUCCAGUCUGGAGAUGGACGACGAGAGGUACUUCAAUGAGAUGUCAGCACAAGGCCUGCGAGCACGGACAGUGUCCAGUCCCAUCCCAUACACUCCUUCCCCCAGCUCCAGCCGACCCAUAUCACCUGGUCUGUCGUACGGCAGUCACACAGUUGGGUUCACUCCCCCGGCCACCCUGUCCAGAGCUGCCAUUGCUCACUUCAAUGCCCCCGCCCUGCACGUCCAUGGAAGUGCCUCCCACGCCGUAGCGAGGCCCUCCCCGAGAAGAAGCAACAGCCCCGACAAGUUCAAACGUCCGACACCACCGCCCUCCCCUAAUACACACUCAGGGGCGCAGCCUCUGCACCCACUCCCCCCGCCGGCCCAGCCGAUGGUCCAGUCCAUGUCCUCUCCGGCAGCUAUGUCGCAGCAUGCAGCGCAUCCCCCCUCCCAGCCUUAAAAUGUGUGCUAUUUCAUGCUACGCUACUUCGACAACCUGGGAGUUGAAACCCCACAGAGCAAGUUUCUAUGAGCUGGCAGAAGACCUGAAGCAACACAGGACGUUCUAUGAGGAAUUGAUUGACUUUAACAGCGCUUCUGGGAUUUGUAGGCCCAUAUCUAUUCACCUUGUCUUGUACAUUUGUUUUUUGCUUAGAGCUGUCCCUGAUUGGAAUUGUUAUUGUGGCGCUGACAACCAACACGUAUGGUAACAACGUCUGUAGUGGUGUUUGUGGGCAGGGUGUGUUGGAUCUCUUCCAUGUCUACAAUACCACAACAUUUCAACUGCAUUAAUGUGCGCGCCCCCCCCCCCCCCUUGUUUAAAAGCAACUUGAGCAGUUGCAUCCCAGUAAGAAUCGCUUAAGUCAGAUGUAUUGUAUCCCAGAUGAUCAGCGGGAGCUAGCGCAAAUAUGUUUUUUUUUGUUUUUUUCCCUGAAAUAAUUUUAAUGCCACACUGCUCGUCAAAAAAAGAACUACAACAAGGAAGAUGGACACUGGUACAUAAACCACAGAUAAAUGUUGCCUAUUUGAGGUGUUAAAAUGUAGUCUGAGGUGUUACAAUGUAUGUAGUCAUGUACUCGUUUCUGUCUCUCGCUCUCAUGUAGUUCUAGAAGCUUCUAUCAUCUCUGUGGAUAUUCCUCGUCAGAAAACAACAUAAUGCUCUUUACACUAAGUAUACUGCUAUAACAUUCUAAAUGAAUGGUACUGUUGAACUACAUUUCUAUGUAUGAUUAAAAGCUCUUGAAGAUUUA